AUGAGUCUUUGGGUAGAUAAACAUCGCCCAAAAGAUUUAAUGAAAUUAGAUUAUCAUAAAGAUCAAGCUGCAAGGUUGAAAAACUUAGUGCAACAAAGUGACUUCCCUCACCUUCUUGUUUACGGCCCUUCGGGUGCCGGUAAGAAAACUAGGAUUAUGUGUUUGUUGAGAGAGCUUUAUGGAUCUGGUGCAGAAAGAUUAAGACAAGAAACCAUGCAUUUUACGACACCUUCUAAUAAGAAGAUUAAGAUUAUGACUGUAAGUAGUAAUUAUCAUAUUGAGGUUAAUCCGACCGAUGUUGGCAUUCAUGAUCGCGUUGUUAUCAUGGAUUUAGUAAAAAAUGUAGCUCAAACGCAUCAAAUUGAUUCUUCUGGUCAAAGAGAAUUUAAAGUUGUUAUAUUAAAUGAAGUAGACGAUUUAACAAAGGAUGCCCAACAUGCUCUGCGUCGAACUAUGGAAAAAUAUGUUACAACUUGUCGUCUUAUUCUCAUAGCAAAUUCUAUAUCCCGUGUUAUUCCUGCUAUUAGAUCAAGAUGUUUAACAAUAAGAGUGCCAGCACCAACUCAAGUUGAAAUUGCAAAUGUGUUACAUGCAGUAUGUAAAAAAGAGGGUCUUAGUUUACCAUCUGAAUUAGCUAUGCGUAUUGCUACUUGUGCAGAUCGAAAUUUACGAAGAGCACUGUUGAUGUGUGAAGCUUGUAAAGUACAGCAAUACCCUUUUACUGCUGAUCAAAAAGUACCUGAGCCAGAUUGGCAAAUAUUUAUAAGAAGUACAGCUUCUAUUAUACUAUCAGAACAAUCUCCAAAGAAAUUGGCUGAAGUAAGACAAAAACUUUAUGAACUAAUAAUACAUGGAGUUCCACCAGAUGUUAUUUUUGCUGGAUUAUUGAAAGAACUCGUAAGUAAUUGUGAUAUGUCCUUGAAAUGUCAAGUAGCAAGUCAUGCAGCUCGUUUUGAACAUCGAAUGAGGCUGGGUAAUAAGCCUAUAUUCCAUAUAGAAGCCUUUGUUGCAAAAUUUAUGGCUAUAUAUAAGAAAUUUGUAGAAGAAUCCCUCGGAGAUGCCUUC